UUUCGUAGUUAUUGCAAACCGAGAAUACAGACGAAUUUUGUGACUUCACCGUCAGGAAAACCAUCUCUGUCCAUUAAUCAUGUUUAAUGAAAUCAUGUUCAAUGGGUAGAAGUUCACGAGAUAGAAAAAAGCGUACCAGAGUGUCAGAAGAAGAGGAACAGAAAAAGAUUCGGGACAGUAUUCUCAAAGUUUUCCAAGCUAGAUUGUCAACACCAGGUAAAGGUGGUGCAUUAUUAGUAGCUGAACCAAGACCAACUGAAAAAUCAAAGCAUAAAAAACAAAAGAAACAUAGAGCAGUAAGUACUAGUACAAGUACAGAUGAUUCCUCCUUUCAGAGUAUGAGUGGGAGGGGUAGGAAAAGAACCAAGUCUUUAUCUAGAAGAAAAUCCAGAAAAAUCACUAAGCAGAAAAAAGAGGUAGAGAAAGAUACAGCUGUUGCAAAGCAUUUGAGAGUUGCCCAUGGUAUAACUGAUACUUCAGCCGGAAUAAAGAAUGACAUAAGGAAUAAACCAAAGAUGUAUUCUCAUUCCAGGAUUACAGUAAGUGAUUUAAUCUAUUCUGGCUAACAGUUUUUUAACUUAAUAGC